UCCCUUUUCCAACUCUGCCUUUCUUUUACUCUCUAUCAUAUCAAUAUCAAUAUCAAUAUCAAUGGCGGCUGAAGUUAGUUCUCUCGUUAGGAUUAUGAACGCUGCUACUGCUGCCUCAUUAAAUGAUUCAUCACCCAAUUUAAUUACCAUGGACUUGCUCGGAGGUUGCCGCUCACUUGAUUCUAAGGAAUUAGACCUUGAUUUGCAGGUUCCUUCUGGAUGGGAAAAACGCCUCGACCUCAAGUCAGGGAAAGUAUAUUUACAGAGGUGCAAUUCUACAUCAAAGACUUUGGAACAGAAGCAACAAACAGUUGGAAAGCUUCAAGACCUUAAUUUCCCUCCUACAUCAAAGCAACCGCUCAACCUCUUUGAUGAACCAAACUUAGACCUAAAACUGCUGCUUCCUUCUUCGCCAUCAUCAUCAAGUUAUCACAGUGUAUGCACCCUGGAAAAAGUGAAAUCUGCUCUGGAAAGGGCAGAGAAGGAAACAACCCGGAAGCGUUCAAUAUCCGUGUCAAUGUCAUCAAAUUCCUCAUCCUCAGUCAAGGAUACAGAGAUCAAUCAAGAGCACAUAUCCUCUUCUUUCGCUGCUGGAUGUCCUAGUUGCCUGCUUUAUGUGCUAAUUUCAAAGAACGAUCCUAAAUGCCCUCGUUGCCGUACCAUCGUUCCAUUACCUGUAGCAAUGAAAAAGCCUCGGAUUGAUCUCAACAUAUCCAUAUAAGAAAAGAUUGAAGAGCCAAGAAAUCAAUUUUAUUUUUUCUUUGUAAAGAUAGAAGAGAAGAUAUAAUCUUGUAAGUUAUAGAAUAGUAUAUACAUGUAUGUUCCUUCUUUGGCAGAGUAGUAGUAUAUGAAUUCCCUCUUAGCUUCGG